CCUCCCUCCCUCCUCCCGCCUCACCUCCCCUGGACCGGUGCUGGGUGCCCGCUAGCCACAUACCCCUGCCGCGAUGGCGGACACCUCGAUCCUGGCCGGGCUCCCGGCGGCCAACACGCUCAUCGAGACGGUCCUCUCUGCGUCAUCCGGAUCGUCUGGCGGCCUGCCCCUCGAGUAUCUGCCCUUCGUCGGCCUGACCACCAUGUCCGUCUUCAAGGUGUACUUCUCGAUCAUCAUCGGAGCCUUCCUCUCCUUCCGUGGCUUUUUCACUUUGCAGAUCUCGCGCCAUGUUUCGGCGAUCAACUACCAUGUCACCCUGCCGUGUCUCUUCUUCGGCAGCAUCAUUCGCGCUCUGGAGACCAGCCCGCUCUCGGUCAUCAGCCUCAUCGUCCCGAUCGCACUCAUCUAUCACCUGCUGCUCUUCCUGCUGGGUAUGCUCUUGCGCAAGGUCCUCAAUCCCCCGCGCACCUUCCGCUGGGGCAUGGUCGUUUGCAUGCUCCUCGGCAAUGUCGGCGAUCUCAUUUUCGCCCUGGUCACCUCGGUGUGUGGCUUCGUGCCGCCCUUCGCCCCGGGGGAUGACACGCGAGUCUUCGGCUUCGCGGCCAUGUACUCCAUGGUGGCCACGAUCAUUUCCUUCACCGUGGCCGACGCCCUGCUGGAGGUGGACGCCCAGGAACUCCCCCGGGUGCGGCGGGAGCUGGCGCGCGCCAUGCUCGACGAAGCCCUGGCCGAGCUCAGCCACAAGGUCCCCGGGGCCGAGGCCUCGUCGCUGAUCCGCGAUGAGGAGGACCUCGUGGAGACCGUGCGCCUGAGCAUGGUCGGCGGUGAGCAGCGCGCCCGGCGGUCGAUGGCCAUCGCCGCGUCAAUUGCCCGCGGGCACAACACCACCCCCGGGCCCACACUGGCCGAGGUGACCACCGUGGCUCCGCGCUUCCGCCCGGCCAACCCGUCGGAGAUGGACCCCCAGUCGCGGGCCAGCUUUGCCAGCAUCCGCAGCCGGCACUCGGGCUUCGAUGAGACCGGGGCUCUGACCGCCGCCGGGGGCCCAUUCAGCCCGGCACGCACAUCCAUGGCCAUGGGCUUUUCGCCGGUGCUGGCCGCCGGGGGCAGUGGCUUCGCCAGCCCCGGGCCCGGGGUGGCGACUCUUGGCCCGGAUUCCCUGGCCGGCUCGCAUGGGUACAUGCUGGAUUCGGCCCCCCUGCGCAGCAGCUUCGCCGCCAUGCACCACCCCGGCGCGUAUCAUCACCAUCCCCAGCAUCGCCGGAUGUCGGCGGCCUCCUCGGCCCGGGUCAGCAUGUCGGACAUGUCGGCCUCGGCCGAGCUGAGCCACCUGCAGGCGGCCCAUGAGCACAGCCUCAUGUUGCGAGAUUUGGAUGAUGAGUUUGGUCACUUGCCCAUGCAUGAGGAUCUGGCCGAUGAGGGUGCCGAUGGUGGCCGGGGCUCCGGGUCCGGGCUGCAGCGUGGCUGGGCCAUCGUGGUGUCUGGCACCCGGGCCGCCGGCAAGCGGGCCUGGGAAAUGGCCCAGAUGCCCCCGAACUUGACCAUGAUCUGUGCCCUGGUCAUUGGCUUGAUCCCGGGGUUCCGGCGGCUGUUCGUGGCCCCGGCCGACUCGUUGGCGGUGGCUGGAGGAUCGGAAUUCGGCCCGGCCCUGGGCUGGGUGCUCAGUGCGACGGAUUUGACCGGGCAGGCGGCCGUGCCGCUGGGGUUGAUGAUUGUCGGUGCGGCGCUGGAGCGCUUUGUUCGUGCCGAAGUGGCUCGGUAUCAGCGCCAGCGCGCGGCCGCGUCGGAGAUCGCCGCCGGAGUGGCGGCCGCCAGCCUUGACACCCAGGCCGCCGACACGAAUCCCCUGAUGGCCGGCAGCACGGGCCAUCCCGGGGAUAACCUCUUCCCCGAGGAGGACGAUGAGGAUGCCUUCCCCAUGGCGGACCUGUCCUCCCCCUCCUCGGGCAUGGGCUAUCCCCGGGCUGGCGAUGAUGACCGGCUGGCCGAGGUCAAGGGGAGUGGUGGGCCCUCCGGCGGCAAGGACGCCUCUCGGUCCUCCCCCUCCGGCUCCUCCGCCGUCACCACCAUCGCCGAUGGCAGUCCGCACAGUGUCGGGGGGAAUUCCAGUGCCGAAGCCAGCGCCCCCGGGUCGAUGCCCCUUCCCCCGGCAUUCGGCGACACCGGCAAGAACCAUCAGACCCUGAUGCUGCAGCAGGCCGGCGCCGGGGCCGACAUCGAUCUGCUGGUCGAGCGACUGGUCUUGCCUUGUGGCACGCCGCUGGCCGAGUUCGAGGCGCGCAUCCCGCUCUCCUCGACGCUGAUUUUCUCCCUGACCAAGGUGCUGGUCAUGCCGGUGGUGUCCUUCUUCCUGGUGCUGGGCCUCCGGCGGCUGGGCAUCAUCCCGGCCAGUGACAUCCCGCUGCAGCUCCUGCUGUAUCUGAACAUGACGGUGCCGGCCGCCACGGCCGCCCUGCUGGUCAGCCAGCUGAAGGGCGGCGAUGGGCAAAACAUCGCUGGCAUCAUGGCCAUCCAGUUCCUGGUGGUCAUCUUCAGCUUCUCCUUUGGCAUUCCGCUGGUCCUGCGACUCCUUCUGUCCAUCGAGGGGUGGUAAGGGCGAGAGGCCACCAGAGGAAUGGGCCGG